CCGUUACUUGUGGUGUUUGGGUCCGGUUCAAAGGUUCUCAACGUGGCUCCUGAUGCUUUCCAGCGUGGGGAGUUUGAAGCAAAGAAAGUAAAGACAGCGUUGGGUAAACAAAAAGUAUUUCUCGUGUAUGUUGUAAAUACUGUGAAGUGUAAAUGAAUCGUUUAACAGGUUAUGUGUUUUAAACCUGUGGGAUGGUUGAUCACGGGUGGGGGGAGGCAAUACUUUCAGUCUCUGUAGACUCUGUGUUGAUGUCUCUGGUCCAGCUUUAAUAACACGCCUGUUUGUGUUUUAGGUUAAAAGAUGGGUGAGUUUAAGGUGCACCGUGUUCGGUUUUUUGACUACAUGCCAAGUGCUAUCAGAGCCAUGGUGUUCAACAGGAAGACUGAGCGGCUGGCUCUGGCCCGGGCUGAUGGAUCUCUGGAGAUCUUCUGCUUUGCUGAUCACUAUUUUCAAGAAAAGGUAAGAAGUCAGAGAAAGUCCAGGUACCCCCCUGGUACAGCUUUUGACACUGCAAAUAUGAACAUAAGCAUGUCAAAUGGUACGCAUUGUUAAAAUUGAGCAGCACACACUGAAGUCCCUAUAAAAAUGUGUUCUGAUCGGUUUAAGUUCUCUGUAAAGAAAUAAAGAUAGGUGUUAGUACUGGAUAUUUUAUGUUGAAGAGUACUUUCAGGUGCUACUCCAGAAAUCUACAACCCUCAUUCCUGAAGACAUGAUAAGAAUAAUAAUGAGUUUUACCAUCACUCUGUUUGAGAGCCGAGGUGACCAGUUUCCGGAGUUUUGAGAGAUAAAUAAAAGAGCUGUGCUGUUGUGAUACGCACAAAAUAUUUAUUGGUAUCUUAUUUCUAAAAGAAGCAAGGUCUUCCCGGAAAUGCAUUGUCUAGAUGGCAGCAGAUGUUGUCCCUAAACAAACAAAUAAACCAGGUGGUCCCAUACCUGUCAAGUUUUGGUUUGGAAAAUAAGAGAAAUUUUCAGACCAUAUGGGAAGGACUGAGAUGGAUUAUCUUAACUUUGUUUUUAUAGCACUUUUAAAAACAGAAGUUUACAAAGUGCUUUGACAAACAGUCAAAAAGCACAUGGAAAUAAAGACAAAUAAAAAGGAAAAGCUCAGUUAAAACAGAAUUGCAGACCAUUGUCAUAUGUCAUAAGGAACCCAGACAAUACAAGAACCAUGCAACAUAAAAUGAGACCAUGAGGACCAAAAUAAAAACAAAGAAUAGGUAAGAAAAAGAAAAUGCAAUAAAAAAGGGGGAUUGAAGCAGAAAACAGGAUAGUAAGUAGUAGGAUAGUUAUUUUACUGACUGUAAAAGUCUGUAAAAAUUAGUUUUUAAAUUUGACUUAAAAGGGGCGACUGUCUUUACACGCCUUAACUCCUCUGGCAGGUCGUUCCAAAGUCGAGAAGCUCUGAUGGAGAAAGCCCCGUCACGUUUUGUUUUGAGUCUCGACUUUGGAACGACCAGGGGACCUUAGCCAGAGAUCUGUCAGACCACAAGACAGUGUUCCACCUGUCUUGAGCCCAUCCUGAGAAGGCAUGGACCCAGAAAAUUUGCAGACACCUCUGGUUCAUGUUUAUGGUUUCCUCUUUGCACAGUGCAGUUUAAACCUGCAGUUUUGGAUGUAGUGAUGAACUGUAAAUAUAGACAAUGGUUUUUGAGAGUAGUUCUGAAUCCAUGCAAUGAUUUCCACCACAGAGUUGUGUACAUUUUUGGUGCCCUUUGGACCAAAGACCCCAGCUACCCAGUACGUUAUUGGUUUUGCCCCCUUUUGUAGAGAGAUUCUGACUCUUUUUAAUAACAUUAUAGACUAGUUGUGGGUGAAACCCUCAAAUUCUCUGCAGUUUUAUGCCAGAGGAAUAAUAUUCUGGAAUUACUGAAUGAUCUCCUCACCCACUUUUCCACACAGUUGCAAACCAUGUUUUUGAGUAAGGAUGUGCAGGGGUGAUAUUUAACAUUGUUUUUGAUUUGAUGCGCAGGUCAUUCCAGGACGGGAUGGCAGGGCAGUUGAGGCUCUGUGUUGGGUGGGCGAGCGUCUGUUCAGUGCUGGUUUAAAUGGAGAGAUCACAGAGUAUGACCUUGAGAACUUGAGGCCCCGGUAUACAGUGGAAGCCUAUGGGGGACCAAUUUGGACCAUCAGCAGCAACAUCCAGGGAACCCUGUUGGCGGUCAGUCAAGAUUUUGUGUACAUAAUAUUACCCUUUUUAUUCCACUUAAGUCUUCUACCCAGCCUUAUACCCUUAAGGUCAGCAUUGGGGUCGAUGGUCACUUCUUGCCUUUAGCCAAUUAAUUGGAUGUUUUCUGUUUCAGGUGGGUUGUGAGGAUGGUACUGUGAAAAUAUUUGAAGUCCUGGAGGACAGAAUUCAAUUUCAAAGAAACUUGGACAGACAGAAAGGUAAGAAAACAAGCUGAUUGAGAAAGUCUAUUAUGUAAAUACCAGAAUGGAUAACUUGUAUGCUUGAAGCUUUUCAAAGUAAUUCCAUGACAGUUUCAAAGACGGUUUUCUUCUCUCCAUUAUUUUGUUGUGGGUUUAUAAUGAUGGAACUCGUCUGUGUCUUGGUAACAUUUGGUGUUAAAUUAGUUUUAUGUGAUCCUCCAGGUCGUAUCAUAUCUCUUUCCUGGCAUCCUGACAGUACACAGAUCGCUGCUGGCAUGAUGGACAUGAUCAGGAUAUUUGAUGCUGAGACAGGUAACCACCACAAUUUGACAAUUAAAAUUGAUUAGCACAACGUUUAGUAUUCAAGCUGAAGAAAAGCAGAUGAGUGUGGUGUCUUUUAAAUCUUCACGACCGCCUGUUCCUGGUGAUAUGAUUUUCCCCCUAAAUUUUAGUUUUAUGUGUGUGUCCUUGCUGUAGGCCAUGCUACACACAGACUGCUGGUUGAGAGAGGUGUAGGAGCAUCUAAGAGCAAAGAGGUGGUGGUCUGGAGCAUCACCUUCCUGUCCGACCACACCAUCAUUAGCGGGGAUUCUGCAGGAAAGGUUCAAAUCUGGGAUGGAUUCACAGGAACUCUAGUCAGGAGUCACCUGGUCACCAAAUGGGAUGUUCUGGCUCUUUCUGUUUCCCAUGUAAGUUUAGAUCCACAAUAAGUGAAAGAAACGUGGACUCUUGUAUCCAGACAGAGUCACGGUAAAUUUUGAUCCUCUGAAUCUGUCACAGGAUGAGAGCAGUCUGAUAGCCGGGACGUCAGAGGGAACAGUCAUCCAGUUUCAGUUCCUUUCUCCAACCGUGAACCAGGAGGAUAAAGAGUGGAUCAGAACCAGAACUUUUAAAAACCACUCUCAUGAUGUGAGGGCACUCGCCCACACUGAUACUGCUGUGGUUUCAGGAGGUCAGUAUUACAUAUGUUAAGGUACCUAUUCUCUGUAACAAUCUAUUAAAAUCUGUAUACAAACUUGGCAUGAUGCUCAAGAUUCUGAUGCAUGUUUUUCUGUCAGGUAUGGACACCCAGCUGGUAGUUCGACCCUUGCUGGACAAGGUGGAGAAAAAUACCCAGGAGUCAGCGCUGCGCAAAAUAGCUUUCCCACAUGUGAGUCUUCAUCAACGCGACUGUAAUCAAUCAUCUUUUGCUCAAGAGAAGAAUAAUUUUUGGAGAAACUUUAAAGACACUUUUUUGGCUUUCAUGUGGCUGUAAAUAAAAUGUGGUCAUGUUUGUUGCUAUGGUGACAUGCUCACCUGUGUCUCUCUUCAUGCAGAGAAAUCUGGUGUGUUGUGCGAAGAAAGCGGGACUGUUGCUCUUUCAGUAUCCUGAGCAUUUAGAGGUGUGGAGAGUCGGGGAGAGUGAUGUACAUGGUGAGGUCAAAACACACACACACACACACACACACACACACACACACACACACACACACACACAGAGGGAACUUGUGUGCAUAAUAAUAACUGUCCCAUAGCGCCAAGUAUGGCUGCGCUCACCCAAGUGUCUGUACUGCGACACCCUCUCUCCCCAACACCUGCCCCCCUCCCACAUGUGCAAGUUCUUGUUGUAAUGUCUUAUUAUGUUGCUUAUAAGCGGAGGUGUUUUUUACUUAUCCCACACUGUUGUCCCGGUCGUCGGCGACCCGACAGUUCUCCUGUUCCUGUCCCCCCCUGUAUGUGUCUGUCUACUGUAUGUUUCUUGGAAAGGAUGAACUGUGAAUUGGACCUUCCCUUGUGGGAUUAAUAAAGGAUGAUCUGAUCUUAUCUUAUUGGAUGUUAUGUGUUGGCAGGAAAGCCUGGUGACAGACUCCCUGUGAAGAGGAAACCAGAAAAGCUGAUCCAGCUGAAGUCAAAGGUGAGCACUGAUGCUGAUCCUCCGUCUCUUAACCCUUGUACCUUCUUUCCUCAGAAUCCCUAAUCUGGCAUUAGUGGCACGGAACUGCCACUGUCACUUACUGGCCUAUAAAAUCAUCUAUAAAUGAAAAAUUGCCCUUUUUUUUAUUACGGCUGUCAUCAUUGACUUCUGCUCUAACCACUCAUAAGAAAAAAUCACUCAGUUUCAAACUUUUAACCCUUUUAAUUUUAGUGUUAACACACCGUAAAAAAUGCCCAAAAUUUAAAAAAAAGGGCUAAAAAUAAUAAGAGUAAUGCAAAAUCAAAUUUCUUUGUGCAAGAUUAUCAGAACCUAUGAGUGGUAUAAGUAUGUGUAAAAUUAGUUUUAGUUGCAGUUUCAGUUUUUGCGUCACAGCCUAAAAUAAAAAAAAAACGACUAAUCUUGCAUUAGUGGCACUGAACUGCCACUCACUUAGUGGCCUAUAAAAUCAUCUACAAAUGAAAAGUUGCCCUUUUUUUAUCAUGGCUGUCAUCAUUGACUUCUGCUCUAACCACUCAUAAGAAAAAAUCACCCAGUUUCAAACUUUUAACCCUUUUAAUUUUAGUUUGAAACAUGUGUGUGCAUGUGUGGGUGUUUGUGUGUGACUGCGUGCGUGCGUUUGUGCGUGCGUGUGUGUGCGAGUGUGUGUGUGUGUGUGUGUGCCUGCGUGCAAGUGUGUGUGUGUGUGCGCGUGUGUGUGUGUGCGUGUGUGCUUGUGAUCAGUGGAGCUGAGGGGAGGUACCUUCAGAUCAGGUGGCGCGGCACAGCAAUUAGCCUACGAGUUACGUCGGACUGCCGGAUGCAAAACCCCGUUACCUGGAAGAAGAAGAAGAGGUCGGGACCAGAGCAGUGGAUUAAACGCUGCUCUGGUCGGGACUGACCCGCGAUGGGGAUGAGCUUUGUGUGUGUGUGUGUGUGUGUGUGUGUGUGUGUGUGUGUGUGUCCGCCGCGACGCGCGUAAAAUUUGCCGGCGAAGACCAUCCGACACCCCCGUUUGCGUGUGGUGAGGUGAGGUGAACACCUCCAGAGCAGCCAGCGACUCCACGCCUUUGCUGACGCGGGCCUAAGGCUAUCUGAUCACGGGUAACGGGGCGGCUGUACCCGGGGCAACCUCGGACGCUUGGGGCGCAUGUGCCAUGAACGCAAUCGCUGGCUGUGGCGAGCGCGCGCAAGAUCGUGCGCGUGCACAAACAUUUGCACACGAACACACACGACCAUGCACAAACUGAAAACACUAACACAUAAAAAAAAUACAUGCACACCUGAUUUAUUCACUUCUACAGUCUACUUUUGUUUUUUUGCAAAAAAUGGCCUCUCACUGAAGGUCAAUAACGGAUAUGAAAACAAAUGAAAUUUCAGCAUUCAUAAUUUGAAAAAGUUGGAUUGGAAAUAGACUCAAGAUAAAAUGCAAAAAAAUGGGGGGUAAAAUCUGAUUUGAACUCUUGUGGCGGUAUAUUACAAACAGGUAGCAGAUUUUCCUUCCAAAUGACUGAAUCUGUCAUAGGCUGUGGUUUACGGGUGUGUCAAACUGACCAAAAUGGUAAAAAAAACAAAAAAACACCAGAAUAACAAAUUUGAGACAGUUUCAUGCCCAAAUAAAGUAAAAUGAUAAAAAUAAAAUAAAAAAUUGCUUCCUUUUAUUAGAGAUAAAGUUAUGUGCAUUUUUUGAUUUUUGAAUAUUGUAAUUUUUGUCAAAUUCCCAUAAGGAAUAAUGGGGUUUUGACCACCUGGCUAGAUCAGCCUCUAUUAUUCAUGAAAAAAAAGGUGCACCUUGUGGCUGAAAGUGCACAGUGCAUCUUUGAUGUCUUCAGAAAAGGGGGAAAACAGUCUUUGCUGAAAUUCAUUUUUUCCCACUGAUAUGGGUAUAUGUAAAAGACAAGUGGUUUCCCAUUGGAAUGCAUGUGGCACUUGUGUGGCGCUAAUGCAAGAUUAAGCAUAUUCAAAUAAAAAAACACAUAACCAUAGGGUUUUUUUUCUUCAAUUUCAGGUAUAUCAUGCCUCAUCACAAAAUACACAUUUUCUAGGAAUUUCUUUGCAAGGGCAUUAAUAGAAAAAAAGUUAUAGCAUCAAAGACAAGGCCUUACCCCUCCAGAAACCUUAAGAAGGUACAAGGGUUAAGUCAGUAUGGUUACAUGCACGGUUCAGUCAAAGUACAGUUAGUCCAUUUGAUGAUUUAACUACUUUACUUUCUGUCACUUUUGGCUCAGUAUGUCUUAUGGAAAUAUAAAAAAAAGUCACCAGUCUCACUGAGAUAUUAAUCAAACUUUUACAUUGUUGUCAGAAUCAGUUUUCUCCCAGACACUACACUUCUUUGUCAGUUUACCUCAAUUAGGAAGAUCAAAAUAAAGCUCUCUCUGUCAUUCUCAUUCUCUUCUCUUUUUCUCUUUUUCUCUCUCUUGUCUCUCUCUCUGUGCAUGUGCGUACGCUCUGACCCUCGCAGGGGGAGGAUCACAUCUGCUGCAGUGCUCUGUCUCCUUGUGGAGGCUGGUUAGCUUACUCCACAGCCUCCGGUGUCCGUCUGUACAGGUUACAGUACAACAACAUCAGUAUCACAAAGGUUUGUUGUCAUCGUUUGCACAGCCCCUGUACGUCAACAGUAAAACAUCAGCAGCUAACUUUUUAAAACUCUUUUUAAGAAUUUGGCUAAAUGUAAUCACUCAGUGUCUAUUUGAAGUGUUAUUCUCAGAAUGACAGACCAGGACUUUGAUGGAGCUCAUCCCUCUGUCUUCUUUUCUCUCCUCUCUCCAGGUCUCCAGAUUACCCAAAGAGCUGCGCUGGGCUCACCAGCUCUGCUUUUCUUCAGACUCUUCUAAACUCUUUGCUUCCACCAGUAACUCUUCAGUCGUUGUUGCUGCCCUCAAUCAGCUGGAGUGCAAAUACCUCCACACUUUAAGACCGAAGUCGGGUUAGUCUCAGUUAGUCCUGACUGCUUUGGAGCUUCUGCAGACUUGCAUGAGUCCACCCAAAAUAUCAAGCUGUUAAUGACUUGUGUUGAUUUUAUAUAGAACCUUAUAUCAGACCUUACUCCAUACAGAUUUCUAUAUGUUCUGUAUAUUUAAACAUUCUUUGUGUAUUGAUCAGGUUCACGGCAGCCGGUCCACUUGCUGUUCGCUAGUGAAGAUGGGAAAUGGCUGGCAACAGCAAACACCGACUGUGAGGUCCAUGUCUACAACCUUCACAAGCUAAAGGUGAGAGGGGACUGUGGUGUUUCUCCAACAUAUAUCUUGAUGUAUAAGUUACAUUAUUCCCUGAUUGUUGUUGGUCUAUUAAGUGUCGCCUCUUAACUCCUAAAUCCUCUCCUAUGUCUGCAGCUGCAUUGCACAGUCCCAGUGUACAGCUCCUGCCCCACCGCCUUGGCCAUCAACCCAGCAACAAGCAACCUGGUUGUGGUGCAUGCAGACCAGCAGGUAUACACAGCAGCAGACUGGAGUUAAACAGUCUUUAUCAUCUUUCUGCAGCUGCAUGUUGAAACAAAGCCCUGGAACGAUUUCUGAAAUGGGUCAAACCAGCUGCUGAUUUUCACACUUAAAUAUGUCAAUUGGGACAGUACAUAAAGAUAUAUACUGUCUGUAUGUCUGUCUGUUCGUCCGUUUAUUUUUAUUUUUAUUAUUAUUAUUAUUUAUUUAUUUAUUUUUAUUUUUUUAAUUUCCUCAGAGCUUAUAUUGAGGUAGAUACACUCUGGAUCUCACCAAGAUGUGUUUUCUGCUUGUUGUGUUGUUGUGCUACAGAUCUUUGAGUACUCUCUGGUGCAGAAGGAGUACACAGAGUGGAGUCGAAAGCUGCAGAAACAAGGACUGCACUUCCUGUGGUUGGAGAGAGACACGCCCAUCACCAAUAUCGCCUUCAACCCCCAAAACUCCGCACACAUCAUCCUGCACGACAUGUUCAUGUUCUGCAUCAUUGACCAGAGUCUGGUAUGUGAUAUCUGAUUAAUCACUGUACGUGUCACUCUUCACGCAUCAAAUCACGACGCACUACUGAAAGAUUGAAAUGCUUCAGAUGUAAUGCAUAGAUCUGUCUUUGUUUCCAUGUGCAGCCGCUUCCUGGAGCAAAGACUCUGCUGUACAAUCAGAUGACAUUAAAGAGUCUUCCUGAGAAGGAGCGGAUACAACACAGCCAUGCCUUCAAGAUAUGCAAGAACUUCCAGGUAUUUGACACAAUUCAAGCAGACUCUGAUUCUGCAGUCUGUAGGGGGGCACGGAAGUAGAUCACAACCUGAUCAGCUACCCCUCAUCUGUCAAAUCAUUUUUAAACAUGUUCUGCUCUCACACAGUGGAAGCAGUGCCAUGAGCCAAGUCCCCAACUUUGUCUUAGUUGCUCCUGUGCAAAAUGGCAGAGUGUCUGAAAGUAUCAUAGUGGCUCACCUUAUGAUUUGGACACCUGAAGUAUAGAUAAAUAUACAGUCAUCAGUCCUAACUUUACCGCCACAUGUGCUUUUUUAAUGCAGUCUACUUGAGCAGCUUUACCACAUAUUUUUUUUACUUUAAUAUAUUCUUUUAUGCUUUUAUCAUAUUCUCUGACUUAGACUUAUGUCUGUGGGAGUUUUCCAAGAAAGCAAUUUGACAGUGUGAAUACUCAGGUCAUACAGUACUGAUACAGUGGAAAUUUACAUCCCACCAUAACAUUUAUACAACCACAUGGACCUGACGCACUAGUGAGACACUUGAAGGGAUAUUCUGGCAUAAAUUUAAGUUAUGGUCAAACAUACCGUAAUGCUGAGUUAGUCACCCCCUUGAGAGAUGAAUGUUGCCGACUGCUUGCUUCUCUAGUUAUACCAACUUUAGUAACAACCACACGGUAGCAAUACACAGCGGUCUAUGGAUCCACGCGCAAACCUUAACCAAAAAGCCACUCUAUAACCACAAAUAAUGCUCAGAACAGCACCUAACUUCAUCAACAGUACAUAUAGGGUCCCAGCCAUAGUACUAGCCACCUAACAGCUUUUUAGCUUUGCCUGAUUUCUUUUGCAAAGAGACUAAACACAACUCACCCACUCUCCUCCAAUUAAAUGCAACUUUUUAAACUAAACUUGGAUAGAUAUUCCUGUUCUUCAAACCUUGUGUUUUCUGAUGUUUUCCUGUGUUUUCUGCAGAAUCUUCUGUGUGUAUGUCUUCUGGAGGAUCACUCCCUGGUUGUGGUGGAGCGACCCUUGCUGGACAUCAUGUCUCAGUUGCCUGCACCUGUGCGUCAGAAGAAGUUUGCUACAUGAGUAAACUGUUGGCGAAAAGGAAUAUUGAUAAUUUACUGUAUCACCCACAUCUGGAUUACAACAACUGUUUGUGAGUCGCCACUUUGUAAAAAAGCUUUGUUAACAAAAAGUAAUUAAACAGAACUACUUACUGCCUC